AAACUUAGCGGAAACUUCUCGGAGAAUGCUCCGAAAGUCCGCGCUUCUGCUGCUGCUAGCCGUCGGCGCCUCCGCAUCCUACGAAGCUGAGCAGAAUGACUCGGUCAGCCCCAGGGGGUCGCGGGUCGCGGCUCAGACCUCAGCGGAUGUGGUUCGAUGUUUAAAUAGUGCCCUUCAGGUAGGAUGUGGUGCUUUUGCCUGCCUGGAAAACGCCACGUGUGACACGGAUGGCAUGUAUGACAUCUGCAAAUCCUUUCUCUACAGCGCUGCUAAAUUUGACACUCAGGGGAAAGCCUUUGUCAAGGAGAGCUUGAAGUGCAUUGCAAAUGGAAUCACGUCCAAGGUUUUCCUUUCUGUUCGGAGGUGCUCCACAUUCCAGCGUAUGAUCUCUGAGGUGCAAGAGGAAUGUUACAGGAAACAGGACAUAUGCAGUGCUGCUAGAAGAAAUACAGAAGCGAUCGCAGAAGUGGUCCAGCUUCCACACCACUUCUCAAACAGGUAUUACAACAAGCUCAUCAGAAGCUUACUGGAAUGUGAUGAUGAGACUGUGUUUACCAUAAAAGACAGUUUGUUGGCAAAAAUCGGACCGAACAUGGCCAGCCUUUUCCGUCUGCUGCAAACGGAUCACUGUGCUCGAAUCCGUCCUAGAUCAGACUUCAGCCAACGACGUAUCACUGAGCCUCAGAAGCUAAAAAUCUACUUCAGGAAUCUCCGGGGUGAGGGAGCUGCUCCUUCCCAUAUGAAACGUACAUCUGCAGAAAGUGUGUAAUGUUCUGUGACACGUAGAGUGUGAGAGCAUAGGGAAUCCAAGCUCUACCAAAGUAGGAAAUUACUGUUUUUCUUUAGCUUUCAAUACACAUCAGAAAUGUACUGUAACUGAUUUUAAAGGACACUGAGCCAACCUACACAUUCAAAAACAAAAAUCUGGCAUAUCCCUUGUGGGGUUGUACCAUGUCACUGUGCAGGUGGGGGAAAUUUCAUCUCUUGCACAGCACACAUGCAUAUACUCCUGUACAUAAAAUAUGCUAGUUGUUGUUAGAGGGGGCUAGA